UCUUGUUUAUGUAUCUAAUCAAGUUUUAUUUUGUGUUUUGUUGGAUUUUUGGCCUGACCUUAUUAAAUGAAUUCUUAUAAUUAUUUAUAAAUCAAGAUUAGCGUUAUAAAAUAUAAAUUAUAUUUUACUUUAUUACCUGCAAAAUGUUAGCAUAGCGGAAAAGUAUGUUUCAUAUGAAGAAAGUGUAGGCCUUCAUGAUAUUUUGUUUUGAUAUGCAAAGGCCCGUGGAUGAAAAGUGCGACAGCGAGGCCCAGUCCGACCUCGAGCGCUCUAGCAACAUGCUAGCAGCGCCUGACAACAAGAAGAAGACCGAGCUGGACAAAUCCGACGCGAAACCGAAGGCAAGUGAAGAGGACCCGAAACCACGAAUAGUGCUCACAUUUCGCUCCGAAAAGACAGGAACGCGUUCUAGCAACAUGAAAAUCGUUUCAGCCGAAGAGAAGCAAGAGGAAAUCUCGCCGCGACGUUCCACCCGCAUCAGAAUACCCGUUAUGUGGGAUUCUGAAGAGGAGACUGACUUUACGUCGCCUAAGAAAGAAAAAGCUGCAAGCAGCGUGUCGGAAAACGAAGAAGCUUCCGACGGAAGCACUCCCAAACGAUCCACACGUCGGAGAAGCAAGGAGUUCUCUGAUAAUGUAAUUGCUAACGCCAUAGCUAGGAAAGAGAAGUAUAAUGACCCUGGACCUGCAAAGAGGCCCUCUCGGCAGAUAAAACCGACUCCUAAGGUGCUAGGGAAUAAAGAGCUGAGGUGGCUGCAAUCUCAGCCGCAAAGUAAUGUUAUAGACAGGUCAGAGGAGGGUGUGAUGACCCGCAGGUCGGCCCGGAGGAAGAGCUUUGAAGCUGUGGAGGAGAAGAAAGUUGAGAAGGUGUUCGAAGAAGAAGAAGAUAUUGAGGCGGAAGAGAUGGAACUGGAAGAAGCCCAGACACAGGAAACAGAAGUGCAAUCAAAUAAUGUGAAGAAACUGAAGCAUCUCUGCGAGCUGGGGCUCCGGGCUAUCAACCCUGCAGGCCUCAGUGACAGCCAGGAGGCUGAAGACAGAGAUGAGGACAUGGAAGAACUGGAAGACGAGGAACUAGACGAAGAGCUCAUUAGCAAACUGGCCGAAGCUUCCGAGUGUUCUGACGAGGAGGAGGAUGACGAUGAGGAGUUCUUCUGCGACGCGGACGCAUCCUGCGGCGACAGGCCCAGGAGGUCCACCAGGCUGUGCUCGGGAUAUGGAGAGCAUGAUGAGGAACUGGCAGAAGACGGGAAGUCACAGCCACGACGCUCAUCAAGGAUACCUAAGAGCGUGGACUACUUGUCAGACACCGAAAGCAGUAGGAACCCGGCGGGUGCUGAUGAUACGGAGGCUGCAUACCCGGAUGAAGAGUCUGGUGUUACAGCAACUUGCUACUGCGAGGCAACCAGCAACGUCUACGCCUCGCCUAAAGACUUGGACGCGGAGCCAGUAUUCUGCCAGGCCGUGGACCUGGUGGACGGGAUCCGCGUGGGCUGCUCGCACCGCGCGCUCCGCACGCCGGCGGGCCUGGCGCCGCUGGUGCGGAGCGGGCCGCGCGCGCCCUACGUGCUCGCGUGCGAGCAGCACAACCGCCAGCUGCGGCUGCACAUGGCAUGCGCGGCCUGUGGCUGCUUCUGUACGCAGGGCGUGUUCUACCGCUGCAACAAGAACCACUACUUCCACGUAGACUGCGGCAUCUCCAACGACCCCAAACAGAAGCCCGGGUGCCCCCACUGCGGCGUGUACUCUUACCGAUGGCAACCGGUCAAUAGGGAGUGCCAUAGAGUGCGGAUAACCACUAAAUGUUCCAAUAAAAGGGUGUUCUUGCCUGAUCAGAGGGUGCAGUGCACACCAGCGUACCUUGGCUUCUCCACCCUGGACCCCUCGACCUUAGAACAAGACCCCAUAAUACCUCCAGAUCUACUGCCGACGCUGACGGUGGACCUCGAGGGCCUGCGGACACGGGACCCUUCAGCUACGGACGCGGGGGAUCUUUACCCCGCUAUACUGGCGGGGGCUAAGGCUGAUGAAUUGUUGCCUAUGAUAGUGUCCUGCCCCGACAUAAACAAGCCCGUGACGCCCAGCGGCGGCACCGUGGCCCACGCAGCGGCCCGACGGGGCCACCUGGCCGCGCUGUACCUCGUGCAGUACGCGGGCGCCAACAUGGACGCGGAGGACGCGCGCUCGCUCACGCCGCUCAUGUGCGCCGUCAGAGCACUCUCCAAAAAGCCCCAAUUGAAGCCCAAACACGCCGACUCAGACGUGGAAAUGGACGCGGACCCAGAGAGCGAGAAGGAAGACGACAAGAGCGAGACGGGCAGCGACGACGAGUUGCUCAAGGUCAUACGGUACUUGGUCGCCGCCGGGUGCGACGCCAAUCUGCCGGGCCCAGAAGGCAUGACGGCGCUCCACACGGCCGCCCGCUACGGACACCAAGAAGCAUGUGCCGCCAUCUUGAGCUCGGCUAAGUCCCAAGUGGACCCCCGCGACCACGGCGGCUGGACGCCGCUGGUGUGGGCGGCGGAGCACUCGCAUGCGGCCGUCGUCAGAUUACUCGUCGAGCACGGCGCGGACCCCACCGCGACGGACAUAGAAGGUAACGCGGCCGCGCACUGGUGCGCGCUGGCCGGGCACGGGCCGUGCCUGCGGCUGCUGGUGGAGGCGGCCCCGCGCGCCGUGGCCGCCGUCAACGCGCACAGGGACACGCCGCUACAUGUGGCAGCGAGGCAAGGUCACUACGCGUGCGUCGUCAUUUUGCUGGCACACGGAGCCAGGACCGAUGUAGAGAACAUAGCGGGUGAGCUGCCAGUGGAGGUGUGUUCGGGACAGUGUCAGAGCGCCAUCUCGCUGAACAUGCAAAUGGCGAUUGCCUCGAGAGAACAACUCACGCGAUACAAGAUGGUGUCAAGCGACAUAUCCAACGGGCGCGAGCCACACCCCGUCCCGUGCAUCAACGAAGUGGACGACACGCCCGCCCCCUCCGACUUCACGUACGUGGUGCGCCAUGUGACGCCGCGGCGCGUCGACGUCGACGACACCAUCGACACACUGCAGGGCUGCACGUGCACGGACGGCACGUGCUCGGCCGAGACGUGCUCGUGCCAGCUGCUCGGCGUGCGCCGCUGGUUCCACAAGGGCCGUCUAGUUCCCGACUUCCCCUACCACGAGCCGCCCAUGCUGUUCCAAUGCAAUCACACUUGCGGAUGCAACAAGAAACUGUGCACGAAUUCGGUAGUGACCCGCGCCACGGAGAACGGGUCCAUGAUGAUCCGCGCCUGCGUGUUUCGCGCCGGCGGCUCCAAGGGCUGGGGGCUCCGCGCGACGGCCAAGGUCCUUAGAGGGUCUCCGGUGGCCACGUACUGCGGGGAGCUGCUUAGCAUGGGCCACGCCGAUACGCGCUCCCCCGACCACUACAUGUUCGCGCUGGACGUCAAGCCGGACUUGCUGGAGCAAUGCGAAUACAAAGUCCAGCUGUGCGUGGACGCGGCCCGGUACGGCAGUGCGGCGCGCUUCAUCAACCACAGCUGCCAGCCCAACCUGGCGCCCGUGCGGGUGUUCACCUGCAGCAGGGACCUGCGCCUGCCGGCCGUGUGCCUGUUCGCCACCAGGGACAUCGCGCCCGGCGAGGAGCUCUCUUUCGACUACGGCGACAAGUUCUGGUCGGUAAAGUCCAAGUGGAUGAAAUGCGAAUGCGGCAGCCCGGAGUGCAGGUACCCGCAGCAGUCCGCCGACGACGAGUAAGCCGGCAACCACAGGUCACCAGACAUGGAGCGUGUACGAGCAACGCGCGGUCACCAGGUCACCACAAAUAGGCGCUCACGUACUAAUGUAGUACGGGUUCGCGACCCCUUAGUUCAGUAUCGCUGUAAAGUCAAACUGGGUAAAAUGCGAAUGCGCCAGCCCGGACCACAUCACCUUACUUACAACAUGGAGCGUCUACCACCGUCCAGCAACGCGCGGUCACCACACAGGCUCACGUACUAAUGUAUGGGUUCUCGACCCCUUAUUUCAGUGGCGCUAUAAGUCCACGUGGAUGAAAUGCGAUUUCGAUGUUCAAUGAAAAGAUCAGAUCAGCUAUAUACAGUAACUGUGUGUUACCGUACGUACGUCCACACUGUCGAAUACAUUUAGGUCCUCUGCUUUAUCGUGAUAUAAUAGUUAUUUACGAUACAAGUGCGAAAAAUAGGAAAUUCGCAAAUAGUGGCGAUAAAUUGUUUUAAAUCGACACGAGUUGCGAGUUGCCUAUUCACACUUGUAUCUUACAAUGGAGGAAAUCACACGCGCCGCCUCGGCCGAGGCACGUCUACACUAACCGGUUUGUGCGUGAGGAAAUUGGCUCGCACGUACGUGCUCGCUGGCUCGCUCUGUGUGGACCCGACCCGCGUAUUCACGCAAAAACAUGCUCAGCAAGUCAGGACGCUUCAUUCAAAUAUGUACGGUCACAGACUAAGGUUCAAGCUAUGGAGUGUGGAAUUAAAAGGUGUGAAAUCUCUUACGGUAGAACUGUUGCAAAAGUGUCCAGCUGUCAGCCAUAAAUAAUAGUUCCAAAUCUCUCCAGAGUAGCUAAGACCCUAGGCGUUAUUGACGGAGUGAAGUGCGCUGUCUAUGAUUAGAUUUUCUUUUUCAAGUAUUCUAGGUAUUGUAGCGCCACCUAUUUAAGGUUUUUUGAUGACACUUUUUGGUACAUGUAGAUUUCGUUCCUUACCUCCACCUUCCAUAGUUCAAGCCAAUUUGGAUGUCAAUACUAACGGUAUGAUGUGUCCAAUGUAAAGUAAACCCUUGAUGGGUCAACUAUUAAUGUCCGUGACUGACCUGUCCUUCAAAAUAUAUAUCCACAGCAGGAUUUGCCAAUUGGAUAUUUUUUUGUAAAACAACACGUGCUUAUUAUUAUUUUUACUAAAUCUCUGAACCAUGUAAAUUUAUGGCAUUUGGGCGGUUACCUGAUCUUAAGGCUCAAAACUCGUUUUUAACGGUGGUUGUUGCAUUGUCUUCAUUAUUACCUGCGAGUCUGUCGGUUGGCGUGUGCUUUUCUUUUACCUGUACCAGAGAAGACCAACUAGCAUUGAAAUAAAGUAGUAUUGUUUAGGAAUUGUAUCUAAGGGCCUGUUUUACAAUACCGAAGAAAGGCCUGCAUAAGCUACUUGGCACUUAUCUGUCGAAUAAAGUCAUCGUUGGCGUUUCACAAUCUGCAAAUAAGCUUAACUGGUAGAUAAAGUGCUAAGUUUUAUCUGGCAGUUAAUUUAUUCGUUAACAGGCGGGUCCACACAGAGCGAGCAUACGCGCUCAGGUGAGGAAAACGCGCGCGCCGCCUCGGCCGAGGCACGUCUACACUGGCCGUUUUGUGCGCAAGGGAAUUGCCUCGCGCUGUGUCGGCCUAAUUAGCUAUCCAAUACUUUACUCGAACACUAUGAAACAGGCCCUGAAUGUUUAAUAAUUAGAUAUUUGUAAGACUUAGGAAACGCUUAAUAGAUUUUACUAUUACAUAUUGUAAGGUACUAUAGUGAUCAUUUUUAUAAAUUAUAAUUGUAGGAAAAUGUUCAUAAGUAAAAUAUUUGGAAUAAUUUUAUAUCUAUUGGCGUUACGAGUCAUAAUGCGUGUUUUUGUUAGGUAUAUGUAUUGAUUAUUUACUAAUUAUUUUUAUGUGGAUUUAGCUUUGUAUUUAUUUUUAAAUCAAUUACCACUUUCAAAGACACUCGUGUUAAUUUUAUUUUAAUAGCUUUUUGUAGAUUAAUGUUAUUUUGGUAACUACUAGUUAUCUACAAAAAGAUGAUUAAACAAAAUGAUCUAAAUCAUCUCGAUUACCGAUUAAAUCUCAAUUCACCUUUUCUAUAAUGUAAUUUAAACAUGUACCUAACUAUAAUAAAAACAAUACACUAAUGAAGUAUGA